GAUCAAUAAUAUAAUUGUAAAUAUAAUUUGAAUUGUCUGUGAAGAAAAUGUACAAGUUUUAAGCUACGAACGAUACCUAUCUCUUCUUGAAAAAUUAGGUACAAUAAAAUUGAUAUUAUUACAUAAAAAUGUUUUUAAGGAGAAUUUUCAUUUCGAAAACUAAUAACUGUAGACAUCUCAAACUUCUGAGACAUACCAGUAAUGUAAAUUACGACAUAAAACAUCAGAAUUACAGCAGCAUACCUCAUUGCCAAAAUGUUUGUGCAAAUAAAAACAACAGGAUACCACAGAGGCUUACAACAUAUUCUUAUCUGAUUCAUACUAAAUAUUACUCUAAACAACUAAGUGAUAGUUUAACAAACGAACAGAAGGCACAAGAGGAAAAAGAACUAAACAAAAUACGUGAAUUAUUCUCACAACCGAGGGUAACGCUAAACGAACUUGCAAACAAAACUCCAGAUAAGAUAUUCGAUAUACAUUACAAGCAGGCCUCUGUCGCACCAAAGGGUAGUAAAAAGAAAGUGCAGCAGAAUGACUGGACAUGUACAUAUUCGUUUGUUUGGCCGGAAAAAGCUAAGUUUGAGGGUACAGCACUAUCAAAACGUCAAGCAGCUGAAAAAGCAGCAAUCCAAUCGCUUCAUUGGCUCUACUUAAACAGACGGAUAAACAACAAAGGCGAACCCAUAUAUGAUAGAGAUGUUCUCGAUGAACUGAAGAGCACAUUGAAUAGUCCUAUUGAAGUGUCGAUUAGUGACAAGUCGAUGAAGGCUGUGGAUAAAGUGUGGAAUGAAUAUGAGAAGAUUAAAUCAAUAUAUGAUACAACUUUCAAUGAAGCCAAACAGAGGAGUUACAAUUUCCCAAUAAGUAUAAAAAAGGACUCUACAAUAGAUGAAAAUGAUGGCUCUGAAGAUCUCAGUAUAGACAGUGAACAGGAUGUCCUAUCAGAUUUCAAGAAACACGUGCACCCCGUGUUUGGAAAAACAUUAGAGCCGCCAUCUUCCACAACUCUAUCGAGACGAGAGAGGAAUUUAAACAAAAUGUUUGAACAUUAUGACGAAUCUCUCACUCCAUUGCCGAUUGAUCAAUAUUCCGAGCAAAUAACAACCACGCUACAAAACUCCCGCGUUCUAGUUAUAGUAGGAGCGGCAGGUUGUGGUAAAUCGACUCGAGUACCGGCGGCCAUUUUGAGGGGUUGUGGGGUUGGAACCACCGCGCUAGUGUCGGAACCGAGGAGGGUUGCGGCUAUUGGUCUAGCGCAGAGGGUUGCUGAUGAAAUGGGGGAGGGGGUAGGUGAAACAGUAGGUUAUCAAGUGCGACUGCAAUCGAAACCGCCUCGACCGCCAGCAGGCGCCAUCUUGUAUUGUACUUCAGGCGUGUUGUUAAGAAGAUUGCAAAUGAAUCCAGGUCUCGAAGGCUGCAGCCACGUUAUAAUAGACGAGGCUCACGAGCGUGACGUCAACACUGACGUCACGCUGUUGUUGUUGAAACGAGCGUUAAACAUCAACAAGGAUUUGAAGAUUGUUGUUAUGAGCGCCACGUUGGAUAUUGAAGUUUUUACAAGGUAUUUCGGUAAUUGUCCCUUAGUUGAGGUACCAGGUCGUACUUACCCCGUGGAAGACUUAUAUUUAGAAGAUUUAGAAAAGAAUUUCAAUAUAAAAUUUAGGAAUACCAAAGAAAAUUGUACUAAGGAGGAUGGUAAGCCGCAGAUUAACUGUCAAGAGGUAGUGGAUUUAAUAACAGCAGUAGACAAAACAAGGCCAGAGGGUGCUAUACUAGUUUUUCUCCCGGGUUGGGCUGAGAUCAAACAAACUAAACAACUAUUGGACGAAAUAUAUAAAGAUGGAUUGCAUCUAAUUCUGCCUAUACAUUCCAGACUAUCAACGCAAGAUCAAACACGUAUGUUCAACGCACCGCCCCCCGGUAUCCGCAAGAUAGUGCUAUCGACUAAUAUAGCGGAAACAUCAGUUACAAUACCAGAUGUAGUGCAUGUUAUAGAUACGGGAGCUCAUAAGGAGAAUAGAGUUAAACCGGGGACUGGCACAGCAAGUCUAGAAACAGUAUGGGUUUCAUACGCGGCCGCGAAACAAAGGGCCGGUAGAGCUGGCCGAGUGCAACCGGGAUUCUGCUAUAAAAUGUACACAAAGGAGAAAGAAGCUGAAUUUUCGCCUCACACUACGCCAGAAAUAUUACGAAUACCCCUAGACCAAACAGUAUUAGACUGCAAGAGCUAUGCGUCAAAUGAAAAAGUGGAAAGUUUUCUAUCGGAAUUACCUCAACCGCCAAGCUCUGAGGCUAUAAGAUUCGCUGUUAGAGAUCUUAUUGAUAUAGGUGCCCUAUCAAAAUCGGAACAACUCACGCGUCUCGGCACUUUAGUAUCACAACUAAACGUACCGCCGCGGUUGGCACGCGGCGUUUUGCACGCCGCGAUUGUUGGCAAUGUUGUAGCGGCUGGGAAUAUGCUGGCUCAUUGUGCUGAUAAUAUUGAGGUGUUUAGCAACGCUGGGGAUAGGAAGGAAGAGAUACGCAACAUAAAACGCAAAUACAGCAAGACGUCCGACCAUUCAGCGCUAAACUGGAUACAGGAUGACUUCGAACAACAAUUGGAUGACGUUGGAUGGAAGAACGUGGAUGUAUGGUGCGAUAAGUAUGGCCUGAGGAAGGAUAGACUGGGCUAUGUUAAGUCACUAUCAAACCUUCACCUAGAACAAAUACUAAAAUGCGGCAUCCUAGAAGCGAACCCGGACCCACAGACACUAAAUCAAUUCUCGAAUAUAGAUGAGUACACGGCGGCCAUUUUGUUGUCCGGCACAAACACGUUGCUGUUGACGAAAAGGCAGAUAAAGAUGAAGGGGAAAUUGAAAACUGCCGCUGGGUUAUUCACGAGCAAUGGUGAUCUAGCACACAUAGGCGGUGAAAGCAUAAACUACGGUAUAACGAAACGCAAGCACCACACUCACUUACUGACUUACUUUGGCGGUUACCAUUCGACUGAAAGACGAGCCCUUGUGGUGUAUAAAACUUCGCUAAUAUCGCCCUGCUGCGCUCUGUUGUUUAGUAUGGGAGAUAUUGUAAAGAAAGAAAACAGUGAAGAUGUUACAGAUUUGUAUCUACCAAGGCACAGGCUUACUAUACAAGUACCAGCUAGUCAAGCAGAUCACAUACUAAAAGUAAAAGAAAUGUUGUGGAAUACUUUCCAGUAUUAUAUUGAUAGAGAUGUAAAUAAUAUAUCGUAUGAAGAAUUCACUAAUACACAAGAGUUUAAGACAAAACUUAUGAAAAUUAUAGGCAGGAUUUUGGUUGAAGCGAACGAGGAAUAUGUAGAAAAAUAUAUUAAAGAUAGUGAUUUUAGAUAAUUAAAUUUUUAAUGUUA